GAUUAAGUUUUCUAUAAUAUAGAGAGGAACAGAUCUGUCCCUGUUGCUUGGUGUUAUAUUAUGUUAAUGUGAUGAGAAAUUUCAAUAUCAUAACUCUGUUUUUACACAUUGCACUGUUUAGACAUGUUGCUAUUUUUACUACCAUUUGUUUCUUAAUUGAUUAUCCCCUUCCUACCUUUUGUCAUGCAUUUGUUUAGGAUAUGCAAUGGCAUCAAGAGAAGAUACCAUCUUGGCACACCAGAAUCGACAAACUACUCAGCAAGAAUCUGGUAAUCUGAACUAUGUACAUUUACUUUAGCAAUUGCAAACAACUAAUAUUGUAAACCCCUGGCAAUAUGUACUUUUCCUUGAAUGAUGGCCUCUCAACCCUCAAUUUCUUGAUUAUUGUCUCAUGAUCACCAAUACAAUGUCCAUCCCCACUACAUCUUGCAUUUGGUUCCCAGGAGCAAACAUAAUAAAUUUGUAAGAACUACAAAAACAAGUACGAGUUAAGAACUACAUAAUAAAUUUGCCAUCACACUUUGUGAAAAUGCAUGCAGGAAUUGAUAGAUCAAGUUAUCUGAAUGGGGCUCCAACUUUAUCCUCAGGGCGAGACAACACUCAAGCACGAAGGGUGACAAGAGGCUCCGUAUCAUCGUCAAGGGACGAUACCAUCAUUGCGUACAAGAAUCAGCAGAGCAGACAACCAACAUCAGCAAAUGACAUGACAAAUACUGUACAACAAAGUAACGCUACGGAAAGCCCCACAGACCAGUCCAAUUGGCCGUCGCACGCACGCCGACAUCGUACAGAAGCGGAUAUAGAAAGUGGUGGUCAAAAGAAGAAGGGGCGAGGUGUCCUCAAAGGAAUCAAGGUCGCCAAGAAGCGAUUCGCCAAUGGUUCCUCAAAGCUUCACAUUGAAUUUUCCAAAACAUUGGGAGGUUCUAUCGGAGAGAACUAUCGUUUGUUUGUGGAUGACGUGGUGGUUUACAUGAAAAGGAAGGCACCACUCAUUGGUGUGAACAAGUGGUCUGCCAUUGAUUCUUCUGUGAAGGAUUCAAUCGUUGCUGAUGUCAUGGCUAAGUGGGAUUUGGAGGACACAUAUUCUACGAAGGGAAAAAUACUAACAAUUGCUAGAGAGCGCUAUAGAGGAUGGCGGUCAACUUUGGAUUCAACAUACAAAGCAUACAGUACUGAUGCUCAAAGAAGGGCCAAUAAACCCGAGGAUGUAACUCCAGAGGAGUGGGAUUAUAUGAUCAAUUAUUUUGGCACCGAUUUAAAAUUCCAGGUUACUUCUGUGUACAUUACUAGGUGUAGAGCUUAG